AUGGCCCAAUCCUCCGUCUCCGCCCUGUCCGCCUACCGCCAGCUCCUCCGCGCCACCCGCAUCGCCUUCCAAGACGACUACCGCAUGCUCUACGCCGCCCGCGCCGAAGCCCGCCGCCGCUUCGACGAGAACCGCCGCCUGGGCGUCGACACGCCGAUGCAGAUCCAGCACGCCGUCGAGGCGGCGCAUAUCCUGCGACAUAACAUCGUCCAGGGCGUGAGGGAUGCCGAUAGUGAGGAUGGGAAGUGGAGUACGUCGGCCCCAACCCUAUUUUGA